UGAAUAUUCUAGAUCGCAACUGGAGAAUUCAGUAAGUUUGUAGUUGGUUCAGAAGUGUCGGAGACUUUUUCGGAGGAGAGAUACAUCAAUCUUUCUGCUCUGCCAAGGUGAGGACAAGAUGAGCAUGUUCCCUCGGUCAGUGUGAAACGGAAUACACUAUAUAGGAGACGCUCGUCUAUCGCACUUUUGGCGGACUUUUCGUCUGGAUUCAGUCUCAUCAAACAACCUCGCAAUUGCUUUCUAUUUCCGAUUCCUAUAAGCGGUUUCUUCCACCAACAAUGAAGACUGCUAUAUAUGACGCUUUAAUCAUUGGUGCUGGCCCUGCUGGCCUUUCUACCGCCCUGGGAUUGUCCAGAGUUCACCGCACCAAGGUCGUCUUCACUCGGCCGCAGAAUGCAGGCUUCAGAAACGAGGGUGCACAUGAGAUUCACAAUGUGUUGACCAGGGAUUGCACUCCGCCUGGGGAGUUUCGCCGAAUCGCCAGAGAACAAAUUGAGAGGUACGGUACUACGGAGUUCAUCGAAGCAGAUAUUACUACGCUCAAGAAGGUCGAACCGACAAUUACAGAAGGGAGGACUCCUUCUCCAAGCUAUUUCGAAGCUACUGAUGGCGAGGGACGGAGUUGGCGUGGAAGAAAACUUGUCCUGGCUACAGGUUCCGUCGAAGUCCUGCCAACAGAUAUUCCUGGAUACAAGGAAAACUGGCCACAAAAUAUAUUUCAGUGUUUAUUCUGUGACGGUCACGAACGUUCCCACUUGCCAGUCGGCAUCAUAGGACUGUCUCCAUUCCUUGCCCAUGCGGCCCAGAUGGUAGUUUUCCUAGUUACCGAGUCGUCUGGACCACCGAUUAUAUUCAGUAACGGCCUAAUCCCAGACACCGAGCCUAUGCAGAAGACCCUGGAAACUGUUCGCGCUCUAGGUUUCAAGAUCGAGAGUCGCAGGAUUGCACGACUUGUGCCUGAGCAAGCGCCGAAUAUCGGAGUCAACGUCGUGUUCGAAGAUGGAAAUAGCACUCACGUCGGUUACUUGACUGACAGACCGAUAACCGCAUUGUCCAGUAGACACCUGAUUGACCAACUUGGACUGGAGGUCGAAGUCCAUCCUGUCAUGGGAGAGAUCAUUAAGGGUGUCGAGCUUGGGGGUGUCACUACGGUGCCAGGAGUGUUUAUUGCUGGCGAUGCUGCAACAGCGCUCAAGGCAGCCACGAACGCAGUCAGCUCAGGCUCGAAUGUUGCAGCCGUCAUGACCCAGCAAUUGGCCGCAGAGAAUCUGCAGGAGAUCCUCGCAUCCCGUCAAGGUUUGUGUUAGUUGAUGUAUGAGACAACAUAGACUCUUAAAAGUGUCUUUUCGUGAUUGUUUAGGGUGUUCGAGAGGCAGUAAGCUCUCCAUCUGUCCAUUAUCUACUCCUGCAAAGUUUAUAGCCUUGUCAACCACUUGUAGCUGCCUCGUCUACGACCUUAGAUCUGCCGAGGUGCAGAGGCUCAUUUCGUCUUUGACGCUGGUCCUAAAAUUUCUUUGAUAGAAUGAAUUACUGCCAUACAGUCUCUAUACUUCAAUACUUUGAUUCAUCA